CCCUCUUAGAUAUGAACCAGGAAGUUCGGGAUUCCUGCUCCAUUUGCAUAACUCAGUAGCAAAUACAGCCAAGAGCUCAACUAAACUGAAUGUUCCCAUCAAUCUCUUAUUAGUCUAAAAAGCAGGUGAGGGCAGGCAGCUUUUCCAGAGCAACAUGAAUGUAGAAGUUCUUUCCAAACUAGAGCAAGAAAGAGUGAAGUUGAAGGAAGAGCCAUUGAAAAAGGACCAUAAGGAGAGAGCAGUAAACAGGAGCUCGGCGCAAUGGGUGAUCCAAGUGACUUAUCUGAUUACAACGGUCGACCUGAGCUGCCUGUUCAUGCAGAUUGGGAUUGUUCCCUAUUUGGCAACAAACCUGGGAUUGGAUGCAGUUGGAUUUGGCUACUUGCAAACCGUCUUUGGUGUUCUUCAACUCCUGGGAGGUCCGAUUUUUGGGAGGUUCGCUGACAGGUUUGGAACAAGGGCAGCCUUGAUUCUCUCAUACAUGUCUGAAUCGUUGUGCUUCUUGCUCCUGUCUGUGUCCACCAGCAUCCCACUGCUUUUUCUUUCCAGAGUUCCAUCCAUCUUCAUGCACGGACUACCAGGUGCUCAAAUGGUCAUAACAGAUUUAACAACCCCUGCCGAGCGUGGCGAUGCUUUAGGAAAACUUGGGCUUUGUUUUGGAGCAGGCAUAAUCGUUGGAUCUUCCCUUGGUGGUACCUUGGCCACAACAUUUGGUAUUUAUUUUCCUUGCUAUGUUGCAUUAUCUGGGUGUCUUGUGUGUGCUUUGAUGGUGUUCAUCUUUAUUCCUGCUCAAACAAAGCCCCAGGUGAAAGGAAACACUGCGCAAGAGGGUGUGUCCCAGUCCAGCAGUGUAUUUAACCUCAAAGAAAUCAUUCACCUAAUGAAGCUUCCAGGAGUAAUGGAUGUUUUUUUGAUCAAGGUGUUUUCUGGACUUCCUACAGGUGUGUUCCUGAUGAUGUUUUCCAUCAUAUCUAUUGAUUUCUUUGGUCUGGAAGCAGCACAGUCUGGAUAUCUGAUGUCUUAUUUUGGGAUCCUUCAAAUGGUUGUUCAGGGCCUAGUCAUUGGAAGAUUAACAAGUCGCUAUGCAGAGCGGACCCUACUAAUAUUGAGUGUCAUAGUCCUGAGUGGAGUGGGCAUUGGCAUGGCCCUGAUGACCAACGUGUUCCAUUACUGCAUCAUUGUGGCCCCCAUGGUCUUCUCCUUGAGCACUCUCGGCAUCAUCACCGACAUCAUCCUGACAAAGUCUGUCCCAGCAUCUGACACCGGUACCAUGCUGGGAAUAAGUUCUUCAGUUGCUCCACUGACGCGGACAAUAGGACCAACCAUAGGAGGAUUUUUAUAUAGAAGAUUUGGGAUCUCAUCCUUUGGCUAUUUACAGCUUAUGGUCAAUGCACUUCUGCUUCUGUAUCUCUUGAAAAAGAAGAUCCCUCAGAAAGAAGAGAAAGUUCAGUAAAUAAUUUCAUAAAGUGUUGAUGAGAAGGAAGAUUAGUGACAUGUCAUGCAACUGUCUUACAACUUUUAUUACCACAUUUGACAGCAAAUACACUUAUUUAAACUAAGUCUUUUAACACACUGCCAUAUAUUGUUGGAUAAGAACAAAACAGCCUUACUUGACCAGACCAUAGGCCUAGCUAGUCCCAUUUUUUGUUCCCAUAGUGAUCGGUCAGGAGCCUAUGGAAAGCCAGCUAGCCAGACAUGAGGACAGUAGCACCCCUCCUACUUGCAUGCCUCAGCAUCGGAUACUGCGAAGCAUGUGGCAUCUCAAAGUGGAGCAAAUAUAUAUCCAUUAAGAAGGCCUCCAACAUGCUUUGGACCUGGAUAAAAGUCAUACAGACUGGUGUACACACAGAGAGACAGACAGACAGACAGACAGAC